AUGCGAUCAUCUGUUUUGAUCGGCCUCUUUGCCGCUCUCUGCAACUCGGCGCAUGGCCUGGUAUUUCGUGAUAAUAUCAUACAAGUUGUUGACGGCAAAUCACUUUACUUACUCCAUGAUGUUGAGAGUGCAAGAAUUGUGAGACUUGGCGACAGGUCCUACGCUCAGGGCUGGGAAUUCAAUACCGACGGCCUUGCUGAUGAUGAAGCUGUCAUCACAUCUCUAAAUUCCAACAACGCUCUCGUAUGCCCGAGGCGUGGCAAAUGCAAGCUAGACCUUGAUGGAUCCAAACAAACCUAUCGGGUCGUUCAAGUUGACACGAUAAACCACAUUUUCACAUUCCAAGACCUUGCCACGAAGCGCUACGUGUCCCGGAGACCUGAUCUAUCUCUUGAGCUGACCGACCAUAAACCUUCUUCGAUCUACUUUCAACUGGAAAAAAUCCAGAACAAGGCGGAACAGCCCGAGCUAAGCUGA